AUGCGUUUUCGCGAGUUGAUAGUGAGCGUUUUUCUGUUUGAUUAUGUCCGUUGCUACCUCAUUAAGGGUAGCUUGGAUAUUAACAAUUCGAGUUUCGUCCGAAAACCAAUAAACGAUGGUACGGCGCCUGCCUACUUUGAUUGGAGAGAAGGAGGAUUUGUCAGUCCCGUGAAGGAUCAGCAGAGUUGUGGUGCUUGCUGGGCGUUCAGUGCCGUUGGAAGUAUAGAAAGCCAUGUUGCUAUUUACUGGAAACUGAGAGUAAUUCUUUCAGAACAAUUUUUGAUUGACUGCGAAAAGGAACAAACUGGAUGUGGCAAUACAACAAUCUUGAAAAUAUUUGCGCAAAUAGUCAGUGAUAUCGGCGGAGUGCUUCAAGAUAAGGAUUAUUUUCCUUACUCAAAUAGAGCGUACGCUUGUAGAUGGAAUAGAGAUUAUCAGAAACUAGUACCAGUAAUAGGCUACAAAAGAAUACACGGUGAAGAUCAAAUGGUAGACUAUUUGUACAAGAACGGACCUCUUUCAGCUGCAAUUAAUUCUGCAUCUAUGCGUCACUAUAAUCCUAGAGGGCAAGUAGUAAUUGAUGAACCAACUGAUGCUCUAUGCUCCCCGAAGAAAUUGGACCACGCUGUCGUAAUUGUCGGGUACAACGAGUACGUGGAUCCCAACACUAGUAUCAGAACACCAUACUGGAUUAUCAAGAACUCUUGGGGAGACCAAUGGGGUGACCAUGGCUUCUAUUAUUUAGUGCGCGGACGCAAUGCUUGUGGUAUCGCUGAAGACGUUUCCAUACCAUCCGUAAUGUAG